AUGCCACGAUCCCUCAUCGCCCAAGACUUCAACGAUAUCACGCAAACAACAGCAAUCUCUGAAUUACAGAGAUAUCUAUUUCGAAGAUACACUCUGCUCGAUCGUGUACUCCGAGCGCGCAAACUGCAUCAUCGCCAUUUCUUUGCAAUGGACAAUAACUAUGGUCACACGGUAUAUCUGGACCAACUACAGAACAAGAAAUACGAGACGGUGAAGGCUCUCGAGAAGCUUGGCAAACGAGCCGCCGCAGUCGUUCAUGAAGAGCAGCGGUGGCAUCACUGGGUGAGGGAAUGUCAGGAGAAGGAGGAGGAACAGGCGCAGAGCGAAGCAAAGAAGGUGAAGCUGGAGUUUCAGCUCUUUAAAAGAUACGAAAAGGAACUCGAUCGUCGUCAACGGGACAUGCGAUCUAGAGAGAUCAAGAGGCGCGAAGAACAGUACUUGAACCAAGUAUAUGCAGAGCGCGCCCAGACGAUGUCAAGGGAAGAGGAAGAGGAAUGGGAAGAGCAGUGGGACCCCAUUCAAGAUAUUUAUGGCUACGAAAGAGGUCGCUAUGUCGAGCUCAUCAAUAUGUUUCUGAUGAUCAGUGAGCAGGAACAUGAAGACUAUUGCGCAGGUGUGGAGGCAUCUCAGCUUGAUGGCCCUGCCGCACCGACAUCUUCGCACCAAGCCACCGGACAAGCCGCGACGGGCAAGAAGUCCAUCAUAAUGGAGACCAAGGAACAGAUGCGCAGGAGACUUCAGACGCCUGUCAACUUCGAGCGCGCGCCAGGCCAAUAUCUUCCUGAGUUUUUAAGCCCAAGGACGACGACUCCCGUAGUUCCUCACGACGAGAUCGAGACGCUCUUGGAUGAGAUUUGUGAGAUCAAGAACUUUCUCUUCUGUCGACUUCUUUUGGCAUCAAGUGCACUCCUGCCUAUCGCACUCCAGGCCGGCAGCAUAGAGGAACUCCUGCAAAGCGAAGGUGUGACAAGGGAACAUUUACGAGAUGUUUGCCUCAAGCUGGAGCGUCCCAGUCUUGAGAACAUGCGAGACGCGUGUGCGGACUUCAUGCGUGAAAGGGAUGGGGCUGAUGCACCAAAAGACAUUGCCAAAGACCUCGCCCUGAUGGACAUUAUCGACGCCCAACAGCGAAUCCAGAUCAGGGUCUGUGGCCGCCAUAUGUACUACUACCGUAACGAGCGCGCUCUCAACCGCAGCGGCUGGUUUCACUUCUCUAUCAUCGCGAAAGACUCCGAGCUCGCCGAUGCCGUUGCGCUUUGUCGAAACUGGGAAGAGUUCUUCGAGCUCACGAUACUGUCAAUGUAUCGGUUGUUCCCGGCUCCAAAGUGGACGAAGUUUGUGGGCGAUGUGAAUCGUCAAUGCCUCCUGCUUCUCGGUUUCAUACCUUAUUUCCAAGUCGACGGCGCCGAAGCUAAAACGACGCAACAUAGGAUUAGUGGUCGUGCUAGUUCGGGACGGUCGUUCGAUUUUAAGGAAUCACGCAACAUCCUCUGCGGUAUCGUCAAGCGUGACGAUACCCUCAAUCGUCGAUUCCUUGAGUGCCUAGCAAUGGAGUCGGCCGACCUUCGUGUUUUGGUUCAUGAUCCGGUGACUGGCAAAUUCGUAAUCCAACCACCAAAGGAGGAGUUUUGGCUGAGCCGCGAGAAGGCCGGACGUGGCAGGUCUACAAAACAUGAAUACACCGUCACAGUUGAGGUCGAUAACGCCUUUUUCGAACAGGCCACCGCCUGCAGGGCUUGGUCGUUGAACUUCAACGAUUAUUAUAAUGUUUAUAUCUGGGAUGCACCGCCCGGUCGGAGUGCAGAUGAGCUACAGGGCAAAAUACAAGAGGGAAAAGACAUGCUUGUCAGAGUUCGGCACAUAGUGCAACAUAUCACAAAUGAUCGUGAGAAUAGACGUGUUCGCAGCAUUCGGCCUGGAGAGAAUGUUCCUAGCAUGCUCGAUGACUUCGAGCUUGGCGCAGAAGCUUUUCCCAUCCCGAUUGAUGAGAUAUACAAGGAGCGAUUCUUCACAGAGAUCGACGAAAUAGAGGAUGCCCUUUUAUAUCCAAGGCGCGCACCUGGCGACAAGUCGCAGCCACCCUUCCCCCGAGAGAUUGUUGGGAAGAUACACCGGAGGACAAAGUGGAAGUGGUGGAAAAUUGCCAGCGAUGCCAGCACUGAUGAAGAGUCAUCUGCUUCUGAUGAAGAGUCAUUUGCUUCAGACGAUGCAUCCGAAGCUAAAUCCGACGAGGGAUCGCAGAAAAUGAACGAUCCAAGAGCAGUGUUAUUGCGGCGCAUGUUGGCGAACGACCCUCAUGUUAGUGUUCUGGCCGGAAAAGCGAUUGACAAGCUCCCUUCGAAGAGAGAACUCGACGCAUUCGGUAAUCAUGGAACGCUGAUCCCACAGUUUCAAUGGGCGGACAGGUCACUGGGUUACGAUCAUUUCUUACCUAUGUUUGACCGUAAACGUGCUUCUGUGAUACCAAGCGAACUCAGGGAUUCUCCUUCGAAGCUUAUGGACACGCUAAGAACGGCUCUACGCCGUCAGCGAGAAUACGAUAUCCAAGGGAAACAUCUCAUUCGAGAGCUGUGCGGGAGCCAUGGGCAACGGUCAAUACACAGGGUUGAGAAAGAGGCAUUGCACAUGGGCGACCUGGAGCCCGGUGGCGUCGGCCGGUAUAUGGAGCACAAGUCCAUGGUAACGGCCAUGGACAAGUUUGUCAUGAGCGACAUCAACACAGGCCCGUUCGAGCUCUGCAAGUUCAUGCACAUGGCACCUCUCAUCCAAAGUGAACGUCGAAUCGUUGACGAGGCUUUCCAGGCUUACGCCGCCAUCGCCUUAUUCUACCAGACGGAAGAGUUUCUUGCUUCCGAGCACGGCCUACCAUUCCGGUCUUCCCUGCUGUUUGACCAAGAAGAAAGAGCUAAGCGAACCCCUGAUCGAAGAAGCCAUGUCAGCAAUCCAUAUAUGCCAGCAGAGUUGUGGACAGAUCGAGAUGAGCUCCUGAGACGCAAUCAGCGAAGCAAGCUUGAUCCUGUCUACGAUAUUUACCCGAUAGAAUGGCGUAAAAGGAUACGUACCGUGGUUAUGACCUUGUACAAAGCCGGCAUCAUACAAAGUGCUUACACACCCCAAGUUAAAGGUGUUGCAACUGCCGCCGCCGAACCCAACCGCGCGCUAGAUUUCUACCUUGAUUUCCGAGCCCAAUCCAGACCUAAAUUCAAGGCUGUCUUGGCGGAUCCUACACCCUUGAAUCGCGACUACAUAGUCAAGGCGGCAAACAAGUUCGCGGCUCAGCAUGGCUCUGCCAGGUUUUCGGCGCUGCGACUGUGGUCUGCUCCGCACUUUUACCCAAUGCAAGCUAGUGGGAAUGAGACAUUCGCAGACGAUCGCGGCAGGUACUGGGCUUGGAGAUACAUGCCUAAGGACUCGCCACUCAGUGAGUGGAACACGCACAAGAUCGUGAGUGACAUGAUGGAGCAAUACAGACGGAUAUGGGGAAACCAGGUGAGAGUUGCCAGGGAUCUGAUCCUGGUCAUGGGCAAGGACGCAGACGAGUGUCGGAGGCUCAGUGAAGGGGUGACGUGGGCUACGCAGACGCGCAGGGUGUAUGAGAUGGACUUUUGGCGAAGCUUUGUAAACGUAGACGCCGGCUUCCUGGAAAGGUUGCAUCCUCGCUGCCUGAAAGGGCAAGGCGUGUGUGGGAAGCUGGGCGGGUCGAAAGCGUGCGAGGGCGGCACCCUGAGCGCUGCCCCUCAUGACCGGCGGCGGAGGCAGAGAUUUGCAAGCACCAUCUGGACGCCGCCCGAGCACGCGAUCAAGCUUUGCGACGCUGGGCGCCGGCCAACCGCCCGUCAGCCCCCGAAUGCGGCGCUCCCGACACCAGCCCGGCACAUGCCCAACGCGGAACUGCAGUCGAUGCUUCUCACCGCCGACGCGGGCCUGGCCGAGGUCCCCGGCUGCACCAGAGAGCAAUUGGACGCCCUGGCCCGCAGCGUCGAGCUGAGGAGGCAGCAGCUCGAGGCCGACAUCCGGGACUACAUCGCGGCCAAGCAGGCCGAGCUGCGCAGACAUGGCCACGAGCUUGCAGACCGGUACCGCGACAUGGCAGGCGGCCAGCAGCCUGCGCCUGCAGUGCCAGAGCAGAGCUGCCCAGGGCCUGCCCCGGGCCCUGCUGCACCGCUCGACCCGGCGCCCGACGACAGGAUGCGGCUCAAGAAGCACACGCGCGUGCACAAGCGGGAGCGCGAGCUCUAUGGACUCGUCACGCCCGUCUUCCUUCCCUUGCUCGAUGCGCGCGACAGCUCGCCCGAAAAGAAGAAGACGCCAGCCGCAGGACAUGCUGAGCACGCCCGAGACGACCCGAAGCCUACGAGCGACGCCCGAGACACCGCGGCCAUGGCGCUGCGAGAGCCAGCCCAGCUGAGGCUGCCAGCCAAGAAGUCUGCGCUGCGGCACAAGGACACGCCUCGAUCGCGCCGGAAGAGAGUCAGUCUGGUCAUCCAUGGCCAGACCGUCCUUCCCGCAGACACCGUCGCCGAACCACCUCUGGCUUCGCCCAGCAGCGUCGCAACAUCGGCUUCCACCUCGACCGCUUCGCUCGACGACAUGAUAGAUCCGCGACUCACCACCCCGGACCCGCCAGUCCAUGUCCAACGCCCUGACGCCGUGCACCACAGCCUACCUCUCCCCAUGACCAACGCCAUCAACUCGGCUUCCAAGCUCCUCUCCGAAGCCCCGACACCCAUAUCCGUCGCCGCCGCCCACAUCCCCCCAGUUGCCUCCCCACGGUCCCCCAGCAUACCUUUGGGCCCUACACAGACCGCGACACCCACAUUCCUCGACCCUUCGCCCGCUCUGCACCAACACAUCACGCAAACGAUCCCGGACACCGCAGGUCCAGACCCCAUCUACUCGACCGCACCAGCUACGAGUGCUGAACUCGAAAUUGACGACCUCGCAGACGACGACACGAAUUUCGAUACUUACGUCGGCGGCUUACACGGGAGUGGUGUUGACGAUGUGGAUCAAGCGGGCAGUUACGGAUAUCCGAGUAGUCUGGGAGCCAGCUACAUGGAGAGCUAUAUGCAGAACCGACCAUUGAGCGUGAGGAUGCAGGCUGCGAACAAGGCGGGCUUGGCUGACGAGGAGAAGAGGAAGCUGCUCGAGCAAAGAGACGACAACGAGGCCGAGGCUGAAGCUGAAGAAGAAGAAGAAGAAGAUCACAGCAACAGCACGAGUGCGGGGCAUAAGGCUGUUGACGCAACCGAGGACAAUUUCAUGGGAGAUAUGGACGACUUCUGA